AUGGUUUUGGAUCGCAAUUGGAUUAGAACAUGGAAUCUACUAGACAACUUCCUUCGAUAUGACAAUUCAAAAAAAAUAGAGAGGCUUAAUACCAAAUGGUCAACACCUACCCCCCCUUGGCUCAAACUUAAUUUUGAUGGUGCAGCUCGCAAUGGUUUUGCGACAGGAGGUGGAAUUAUCAGGGACAUCAUGGGCAACUUGGUUCUGGCCUAUGCGGGAAAUUUUGACUUUGUCUCGAGUAACAUGGCUAAAGCUCUUGCUCUUUUAUGGGGGCUUAAGUUGGCUCUCGGUAUCAAUGCUAAAAGAUUAAUCAUUGAAGGGGACUCUAAGCUGAUUAUUGAGGCAGCUAAAGGAGUUUCAGGGGUUAGCUGGAUGAUCAACAACGUCAUCAAGGACAUCUGGUCCAUGAUAGUCUAG